AUGUGGAGUCUAGAGCCGAGUUUCAGGUUUGAGAUAGAUAACUUCUCGGAGAAGAAAGCUGGAGUAUUAUCGUCUACGACAUUCGUGAGCGGCGGAUGCGAAUGGUAUCUCGUCGUUUAUCCCAAAGGAGACCAUCUUGCUGAUGGUCAAUACUUGUCUAUGUACCUGAGCGUUGGAAAUCCUAAAUCAUUGGGAGCUGGAUGGAAAAGGAUUGCUAAUUAUUAUUUCCGUGUGUUGAAUCAAUCCGACAAAGAGCUCUACAGAUCAUCAAUAGUAAAAGCAACCACAUUUUGCGCUGAGAAUUCAGUCUGGGGAAAACGAAAGACCUUGCCUCUUAGCAAGUUUCAGGAAAAAGGGUUUUUGGAGAAGGACAGACUCAUCAUUGAAGUCUACAUACAAGUUGUUGAAGCUGUUGAUGGAGAAGGCGGAGAUGUAUCCGACAAGAAUAAGACUGCAAUCAUCAAUGGUUUUCAAGUUUUUGCUUCUCAAGUUACUUCAGCGAGGAAAUUAUUCGCAGAACACCCAGACAUUGCAAAAGAUUUCAAACCAAAGAACCAUGCUGUGAAGACAGCAUACAUGAAUGUCCUCCUCAACCUCAUCAACAAACUUGAGAAGCCUCCAAAGAGCCUUUCAGAGACUAAACUAAACAAGGCUUGCAGCGAGUUGAGUGAGCUGAUUAACGUAGGUUUCAAGCUGGACUGGUUGAAACUAAAGCUUGAGGAGGUUUCUUUGGAGAAGAAGAAAUCAGAUGCUGAGGGGUCUCUGUCCCAACAACUCGAGGAACGUGUCAAGAAUCUUGAGCUUAUGGAACUGGGCUUCAAGCUUGACUCUUUGAAUGCAAAGCUUGAUGAGGUUUCCUUGGAAAGGAAGAAAUCAGAUAAUGCUGAUGAGUCUCGGGUCCAAAAACUGGAAAAACGCGUCAGGAAUCUUGAGCUCCGUCUGAAUACAAAGCUUGUGGACGUUUCUUUAGAGAGGAAGAAAUCUGAUGAAGCUGAGGGCUCUCGAGUUCAACAACUCGAGGAAAGCGUCAAGAAUAUUGAGGUGAUGGUGUCGUAUCUCAACGUUGAACUGGACAAGAAGAAGGACAAAUCUUGUGCUGAUGGAUUUUUGUUGGUCAACGAGGUUGCUUGA